AUGGACUACCUACGCGAUACUCUGAGAAGAAAUGGCCAGGGUGGAAAGCAAAACGACCCUUACAACCAAAGUCCCAAAUACGUUAAUCUGAAGAAUGUAAUUGAGGAUUCACUCAAAGACCUUGCAGUGAAAAGUCCGACAGAUGGGAAAAAGAUCGAAGGAACAGGGAGGAUUAUUGUGUUUACGCACGCGACAGAAGAAAACCUUGAGGUCCAGAGCAAUCAGUGGCGGAAAGACCUGACUGCUACGAUAGAGAAAAUCAAUGCGAGCGCUAAGGCGAAUGGAACAGUGGAGCUUGAUCGGGUGGAAAUCGUAAUUAUCGACAUCAAAAACGAAAAAGUGAUCAACACGGACCUGAAAAUUCUUGCGGACGAAAAGUACUUCAAGCUCGAGGUUACUCAUGUAGAAGCAGGUGGUUCCGAAAGUGGCAAAGAAUGGCAGCUGACAGAUCGAGUUGUCGAGCUGGCGACGCAGCAUCACCGACUUAUGCGCACGAUGAUCUCUGGAAUUCCCAUGAAAGAAGAACAGACCUCCGGCGGCGGUGGCUCGGUUAACUAUGAAGUACCGUUUUUGCACCCGCAGCUUGGCAAGUCGACGGAAAUGGUCGAUCUAAAAUGGAACACUCCAAAAAUCGAUUCCUCCCAACUGCGCCCCUGUUGUUCGGCCGUUCGAAUUUCCCCGCUUGAAGUGAAUUCGAGACAUUCUGAUUGCCUGACAAAGUAUUUGUGCAACGGCCGUCGAUCCGUCCUCCUCUCCUGCAAGGAGAAGGUCACUCACAUGCUUGCUUGCAACGGAGGCGAUAUUUACCUUCACAAGCUCUCUACUCCGUUCACUCCUCAAGAACCGCCCAGUCUCGAAAGUGCUCCUGGUGGUUUGCGAUACGAUUAUCGAAUCAACGACAUGGUGAGCCUUAUCAAUAAGCACACGCUUUUCCCAUCCCAAACUGCUACCAUGGGAGCCGCAGAAACGAAUAAAACUGCGAUGGAGCAAUACACGCGCGUUUUCCCACUGGUGAACUCAGAAUCCGCACUUUACUCAAUGAGUGGAACUCAAUCUGUUGAUAAGAUUCUCCAAAUGGUUCCCAAGUCAACACUAUCGGAAGUCGAAAAGAUCGAAUUGAUCAAUGCCGCGACUGAUCUCAUUGAAAAAGAAAAAAAUAAGGAGCCAAUUCCUUGGUCAAGUGGAUCACAGGGAGGAAAGCCGCCGAAAAAAGACGAGCAGUACAAAAUUCUCUGGUCUGAGAUCAAAACACUUUUUGAGGCGCAUAUUGAUAACUCUACUGCGCACAAAGAAGUAUCAGAUAAAAUCUUCGCCACGCGCGGUCGCCCAGACGAACCCAAAGAGACCCCGAUGGAAGUAGACACGACUGAAAUCGAAAAAGAUCCAAAUUUCAACCCCGAUGAAAUUCCUACAAAAACGAUUUUCGAGUGCUUGCUUGAGAUUGACGCCAAGAAGCCAAAGCGCCCGCGGUUUUAUGGACAAGUCAUGGGCAGAGACAAGGUUCAGCUUUACCCGUUUCUUGGAGGCGAAUCGGACAACGUUGAUAACAUGAGAAAAGACGGAUCCGAUAAUAUGGAGAAUAAGAAGGCCCUUGACGCGAUGAAUCAAAAACUGGUGAAGAGUAUGAUGCCAAAGGGAGAUCACGGACCGGUAGAUCCAAGAUCGAGGGCGCAGAAAAGAGGCGUCUCGGCUGAUCCCGUUCAAAGGAGGGGAGAUGUUGAUAAUGUUCAAAGGAGGGGAGACACGCAAGAUAUCCAGCGACGCGGAGAUACUCCAGAAGGGCGUAACUUCAAUCAAGAUCCAAGACUCAUGCACAGAAACAUCCGCGAAAAAUGGAAAUAG